AUGGUUCGCAAAACAUACGAAAUGCACCCCACAGCAAAGUGGUACAUAUUCACAGAUGCCGACACCUGGGUAUCUCCAACCAACUUGGUGAACUGGCUAGGAAGAUUCGAUCAUAGCAAGCAGUGGUAUCUAGGCAACCCCUCAGUGAUCGGACAGCAAGGCUUCGCUCAUGGUGGCUCCGGCUACAUUCUCUCGAAAUCAGCCAUGAAUACCACUUCGGACCUGUAUUCUCGUGAGUCGCAAUAUUGGGAUCGAUUCGCGGCUAAGCACUGGGCAGGCGAUUGCGUUCUGGCUACUGCGCUCCAGCAUCGCCUUAAUAUUCCAGUGUCGUGGGCAUACCCGCUGUUGCAAAGCGAGAGUCCUUUCAUGCUCGACUAUACCGAGCAGAACUACUAUAGAAAGCUUUGGUGCUACCCGGUAGUGAGCUAUCAUCACGCAUCUCCCAGCACAAUUGAAACUCUCUGGGUUUAUGAGAAGAACUGGACUGCACGGCACCAUACCUCGGUGCAACCAAUGAAGCAUAGGGAUGUCUUUAGGGACAUCGUGAUGCCAAGGUUCCGGGAGCACGAUCAACAAGAAUGGCAGAAUCUCUCGGGCGACAUUGUGCCCUCCCGGAAGAGCGACGAGCCUCCGAAUUUCGACGUCGCUGCGGUGUCGUCAAACUUGCGAGCGGAACAGUACUUGUUUGCAGCUCUCGUACUCGGAUCAUCAGUGCAAGACAUCCGGCAGACCGAAGGUUGGCAAAGCCGCCCGGAAGGGCGUCCGAUCUGGAUGGUUGCCGGCAAGGAUCACAAAGUACAUGGCAGAUUAUGA